UCCUCUCUGCGUUCCGCAUCAUCCUCAGCAUCCCCCUCCCUCCCUCCCUUCCCGCCAGCCGGUCAUUCCUCUUUUUUUCCCAAAGCGGGCGAAAGCAAAGGGUUCUCUGAGAGAAGCGGGGGACCGGACUUCCCAAAGCGAGGCGAAGCUUCGAGGCUCUAUCUGUCCCUCUCCCCCGCACCUUCCCCAAUUCGCCUCCCUUGGCUGUUCUCCCCUUCAGGCGCCUCACACAGCACCAUGCAUUGGAUGUCUCCCGGAGCGAGUGGAUAUUGCUACUCUUAGCCUGGACGCAGGGAGGGAUAGGCGGCAGCGUGAGGGCAGCUGGCGAAGCAGCCUUGAACAACGUUGGACACACUUAACCUCAAGAGGUGUGAUGAGAAAUGGCUUUGGGGAACAACACACAGCGAAGUUACUCCAUCAUCCCAUGCUUCAUCUUUGUCGAGCUCGUCAUUAUGGCCGGGACCGUUCUGCUUGCCUACUACUUUGAGUGCACAGACACUUUCCAGGUGCAUAUCCAAGGCUUCUUCUGCCAGGAUGGAGACUUGAUGAAGCCGUACCCAGGAACCGAGGACGAAAGCUUCAUUCCCCCGCUCAUCCUGUACUGUGUCCUGGCUUCCACUCCAACAGCAAUUAUUUUUAUUGGAGAGAUCUCCAUGUACUUCAUCAAGUCUACCAGGGAGAGCUUGAUUGUUAAGGAGAAAACCAUUUUGACAGGGGAAUGCUGUUACCUGAAUCCGCUGAUCCGGAGAAUUAUUCGAUUUAUAGGUGUAUUUGCAUUUGGCCUUUUUGCCACAGACAUAUUUGUAAACGCUGGCCAGGUUGUGACGGGAAAUUUGGCACCCUAUUUCUUGACUGUGUGUAAACCAAACUAUACUGGGAGUGACUGCCGAGCAAACCAUCAGUUUGUUAACAAUGGGAAUAUCUGCACUGGCAGUCAGGAUGCGAUUGAGAAGGCGAGGAGAUCCUUUCCAUCCAAACACGCUGCUUUAAGCAUCUAUUCAGCCUUAUAUGCUACAAUGUACAUCACCAGCACAAUCAAGACAAAAAGCAGUAGGCUUGCCAAGCCAGUACUGUGCCUAGGGACUCUUUGCGCCGCAUUCCUUACAGGUCUCAACCGAGUUUCUGAAUAUCGAAACCACUGUUCAGAUGUCAUUGCAGGCUUCAUCUUGGGAAGCGCAGUAGCUUUGUUUCUGGGAAUAUGUGUGGUUCAUAACUUCAAAGGAACACAUGGAGCUCCUUCUAAGUCAAAGCCUGAUGAACAGCGAGGAGUGCCCCUGAUGGCAUUUCCAAGAGUGGAAAGCCCCUUGGAGACCCUGAGUGCACAGGGAAGAUUAGCUGCCAGAAAGAUACACUGGGAUGCCAACAGAAGGAAAAGGAAGCAAAUCUAAACCUUCAGCCUGCAGUUCUUGUUUAUACAGAGGGAGCCUUCUAGAUCAGCAGGACUUGGUUGCUUCUUAUAUGGUAAAUGUAUAAUACGGGCCAUCUUAAAAGAUUUGGGGAUGAUGCCUUUCUCAUAGAAGUGCCUGCUUUGUCAUCACAAGAACAGGCCAUGUCUCCCUUUGUGAGUCAUAAUGUAAUAGAUUUGUAUCCAAAACUUGUUUUCACUUUGCACAGUAUUGUUAACAAAUUGGGUGGGGUGGGGGGAAGGAAAGACUAGUUUUCUGGUCAAUCUUUUUGUCCUUGGGCUUUCAUGUUGCAUCACAUUUUUCUAGCAUGGUUAUAACCCAUCACAUGUUUCUUUUGAGGAAUGAAGCCCCUCUCUGUACUUCUGCUGGAAUGUCUAUCAUGUUUGGUUCUUGGGUUUUUGUAUAUUUUUUUCCAAAAGAAAUUGAAAAAAAAACUUAUCACAAAA